AUGCUGCGUAAAAAAGGGAGAAAAAAAAGAAAGAAAGCUGAGCUAAAGGAAAGGGAAUUCAUAUACAUAACGACGAGAAAAAGUGUCGAUACACCGUUAAAACUGGAACUUAACGCGGUUGAUGUCCUAGACGCGUACUCGAAUUACAUAAUAAAGUCAGAAUCGGACGGAAAAGUCAUCCUCAAGGAGAGGGAAAAUGUUUGCAAAAAAGCAGAUUUCCAAGAAUUAUGCAGCUUACCUGCAGACGAAACUCACGUGUUCACUUACUCAUAUAAAUUGACAGCAAUUCCAUCAUUUUUCAAGAUGCUGACCGUUAAUGGAAGAUGGCAACUUUUUAACCAGGAUGGUAUUAUGUUUUUUUGUCUUGAUGCCGUGGCUAAGGGACACUAGACUGAGUCAAACAAGGAAUAACGACCAAGUGAAAGAUAGGGAGAAACGCGAGCGCAAAGUGGAGGCGAAAAAGUAUUUUCUUGCAGAAGCUAUCGUUACAUCUCUCAUAAAAAAAUAAUUUUUAUCAUCAAUAUGAUGACGAAAUUAGUUAAUCAUUUAGCUGCUCAAUCGCUCGAGGAGAACGGCAAGGACAUAUUUAAGUAGAACAUAGGAUAACAAGUGUAAGUCUGGUAUUUGAUAUACGAUAGGCCGUUGAUUGAAGUUGUAUAGAUACUUAAUUUAAACUGCCA